AUGCCGCCUCGGUUACCAACACAGGCCGCCCGCGCCCUGCGCAGGCUGGCGACCCCCUCCACCCCGAUCGCACGAUAUCUCAGCACCACAACUCCUUACCUCGCGGCCCCCUCAGCAGCAGGCCCCGGCAGCUCCUUUGCUCGCAUGCCCGCCGACUACGUCCCCGCGACAAAGCCUCCCUCCGCUCGCCCGCCCGAGACCCGCAAGUCGCAGCUCAUCCGAACAUACACCUCCCUCCUCCGCACGACACCCCUCAUCCUCUUCUUCCAGCACAGCAACCUGACCGCAGACGAGUGGUCCGCCGUCCGUCGCGAGCUCAACAAUGCCCUCGACGCAGCCACGCCCGAAGGCUCCCCGGUGCUGGGCAGCGACGUCCACCUGCAGGUCCUGCGCACGCGCAUGUUCAACGUCGCGCUGAAGCUGGCCGAGUUCUACGACCCCGAAGUCGCCAAGGCAAACCCGAACACGCAGCAGGGACGCAAGGGCCCGCUGGUGCACGAUCUGAGCAUGGCGGCGUACGAGGCGAUGAAGAGCUUUGAGGUGCCGGAGGACUCUGCCUACGCGCAGAUCUCGCCUUUGCUGUGCGGACCGACGGCGGCGCUUGUGUUCCCCGCCGUGUCGCCUGCGCACCUGGCUGCCGCGCUGAGGAUUCUCUCGCCCAGCCCGCCCAAGUUCCCGGCGCCGACGAGGAAGAAGAGCCCGAGUUACUACGACCCGCUGGUGCAGAACGGUCUGCAGAAGUUGCUGCUCGUUGGUGGACGUGUCGAGGGCGACGUGUUUGACGUGGAGGGCGUCAAGUGGGUUGGUGGCAUCGAGGGUGGCCUGGACGGCUUGAGGGCACAGCUUGUGUACAUUCUCCAGAGCGCUGGUCUGGGUCUUACGAAUGCCUUGGAGGCUGGCAGCAAGAGCUUGUGGCUGACACUGGAGGGACGGAAAACGAUGUUGGAGGAGGAGGGCAAGCCGGCUGAGGCUGAGAAGAAGAAGAGCGAGUAG